AUGGACCCACCCCGUUGGGAUGACAUGUCUACCCUCGGGUGCGGUUUUUCUAGGCGCUUUCUCCAUGGUCGAGUGGUGAUAUGCGAAUGAGCCGGUCAUCCCGGUUAGACUGUAGGGGAAUAGAACUGUGUUGACGGUUUGCUUUACAAAUUGGUUUAUGGUGGUGACCGUUUUUGCUGUUGUGCGUCGGCGCCUACCCAUCGAGACACACACAAAGCUAAUGAUAUUGUCCAGAAGUACUUUGAUCUCCAAUAUACUUUACCCUCAGCGGUUACUCCACUGCGCAGGCCAGCGUCCGCUUAACGCCCUUCACCAUCGCCACCUCAAUCGGAAGCCUAGAGGCAGGCCUCAUCAUAAAUGCCACUGGAAAAUACUACAUCCUCGGCCAAACCGUCACGCCAACAUCCGUCCAGGGCGUGCUCCCGAUCUGUGCAUUCAGCCUGACAAUCCCGCUCUUUUCACAAUUAUCCAACCUUUUCAUGGCCGGCUCCGGUUACGGCGGAACACUAACUAUCGCUCUGCUAGGACUAAUAUCUCAGCGGACCACAGUGAGCGUGCCGUCAUUACAUCUGCCAACUAUGCAUUCCGUUCCAAAGGUAGCACAAUUGGUAUUACUAUUGGUAGUUCCAUCUUCCGGAAUGUGUUAGUGAGGCAAUUGCGCGUGCAUUUGGGAGUGGGGAGGAGGCGGAUGGGAUUCUCGAGAGGCUGGGGGAGAGGUUCGAUGAAUUUGACGGGUUGUUCGAGGUAUGGAAGGUGCGGAGGGGGUAAGAAAUAUGGGUGGAGAGCGGGACAGAGUGAGAAGGCUGAAGCGGGUGGAAGCCAAGGAGAGAGGUCAUGA